GCAUAAAUAAAAAAAUCGAAAAAACCAGGUUAUAUCUAAAACAAAAUUACUUACACAUAAACUUUUUUUAUAUAAAUGUACAUAUUUUGUUUUAAUAUUUCUAAAUAAUAAAAAAGUAAAAAAGAUUAUCAAUUCAAAAUUCGAGUUUAUUAUUAAAAAAUGUCAAUUAAAUCCGUGAUAAAUAAAAAAAUUUGGUCUAUAUUCAUAAGAAGAUGCCAUACACAAAAAGAAAUUCGCGUUAGAUUUGCACCUAGUCCAACAGGAUAUUUACAUCUUGGUGGGUUGAGAACUGCUUUUUACAAUUUCUUAUUUGCAAAAAAACAUAAUGGUAAAUUUAUUCUCAGAAUUGAAGAUACUGAUCAAAGUAGGCUAGUCAAGGAUGCUACUGAAAAAUUGGUAGACGAUUUACAAUGGUGUGGACUUAAAAUAGACGAAGGUCCCUUUUUUAGUAGCAAAUAUGGACCUUAUAAACAAAGCGAACGAUUAAGCCUGUAUCGAAAGGAAGUGAAAAAAUUAUUAGAAAAUGGGAAUGCAUAUUAUUGUUUCUGUUCUGAAAAACGAUUAGAACUAUUACGAAAAGAUGCAAUACGUAGUAGGCAAAUCGCUAAAUAUGAUAAUAAAUGCCGUCAUUUAACUCCAGUCGAAAUAGCAGAAAAAUUAACUAAAAGUAAUCAGUUUUGCAUCAGAUUUAAAUUACAUGCGGAUAUAAAAUCGUUCAAAGAUAUAAUAUAUGGAGAUAUUUUUUACGAUGUGACACAAAAUGAAGGAGAUCCUAUUAUUAUAAAAUCAGACGGAUUUCCCACUUACCAUUUCGCAAAUGUAGUUGACGACCAUCAUAUGAAAAUCUCUCAUGUUUUUCGUGGAGUAGAAUGGCAAAUUUCGACUACAAAACAUCUUCAGCUUUAUAAAGCAUUUAAUUGGGAACCACCACAAUUUGGUCAUUUACCUCUGCUGAUUAAUUCAGAUGGAACAAAAUUAAGUAAACGACAGGGAGAUAUUAGAAUUAGUCAAUAUCGCGAAAACGGUAUAUUACCUAUGGCAUUAAUUAAUUAUAUUUGUGCAGCUGGUGGUGGUUUUAAAAGAGUCCAGGGAAUAAGUCCGUGUUUAUAUACUUUUGAGGAAUUAACUAAACAGUUUGAAAUUAAAAACGUAAAUUCACAUCCAAGUAAAUUGAACCCAACUUUAUUGGAAGAUUAUAAUCGUCUUGAAAUUAUUCGUUUGAUGGAAGAUCCUGCAACAAAAAAUGAACUUGUAAGUGAUGUGCGAGAAAUCAUUUUACAGAAGUAUCCUAAUAUAAAAAAUAGUUUGGAAGUUGAUCGACAACACAUUGAAAAAGUUUUAAAUUGGUGCUCCAAUCGUAUAUUUAGGUUACACGAUUUAGUUAAAGAUGAUUUAGCCUUUCUUUGGAUAAAACCACAUGGGGAAGUAGAGAUUGAUUUCAGUCAGGACAAAUUGGAAGAUCUCAUUUUUAAAUUGGAAGAUGUACAAUUUAAAAAAGAAGAAAUUUAUCAAACCCUAAAAGCUUUUUCAAAAGAAAAUGACAUUAAAUUUUCCAAGAUGAUGAGAACACUGCGAUCCACUUUAACUGGUUUAAGUGAUGGACCUGGAGUAGCCGAAAUGAUGGAAAUAUUAGGAAAAGAAACAUCAAUUAAACGGCUGACUCGCCUGAAAACUGUAAAUACUAAAUAAAUUACCUAGUACUUUAUUCUUUUAAUGUUUUAAAUAAGGUGAAGAGUAUCCUAAAAAAUUAGAAAUUAAAAUUAAAAAGAUCAUUUUUUAUUA